CAGAAGGAUGUCAUGUUGAAAUCGGUUGACCGGGUCCCGAGAUAUGUGUUUUCACCUAAAAGUAAGCGGUGACACGCCCAUCGUCCAAUUUUCAUCCCGGCUACUGUAAGGCCCUCUGAUACUAUCUCGGGGGUAAAAUGUAAUAAUACUAGCAACCGUUAGUUGAAACCUAUCACGCUCUGAAGCAACAUGAUGCAAGAAAAUAAUUAAACAAUGUAUAUAACUACAUACCUAAACAUUAAUUUAUUGAGUAUUAAUAUAAUUAAAUCUCUAAACGUUAUGUAAUUUUAAGAAUUACUUUAAUACUUAAUUUAGUUUUAUAUCAGUGGUAUGUAACUUUUUUUUAACAAAAUGGUGAUAAAAAGCAAAUUUGAGUAUGUCCAGUUUAUUUUUAUAAAAGUCUUUACAUCGACUAACAACUUCGAAUACUCUAAUAUGCACUAGUCCAUAGAAUUAAAAUAUGAGCAUUUUAUAAAGUUCGAGGAGCCACAAGUAAGGGAGCCGAUAGUGGCUUAGUCAUUGUCUCUUGGCCGUUAACCACGAUUGCAUUCGCAAUCGCCGAUUUAUGCCGUCAAUGCAUUCGGCAAGCGAACCUUAUUACGAAAUGCUCAUUUGCUCAACAUUCGCUACACGUGUAUCGUCGGACCAACUCAUUCGCCAUAAGCGUUCAUAGGGUGGAUAUGGCGUAUCAAUGCCGUUGAAAAGUUGCUCUAUACACAUAUACAUACACAGAGACUUCUGUGGACAUACGCAACAAACGUAAUUUCUUCUUCCAAAAACUACUUUUACUCUUGUUUCCUUUAACGUAGUUGAUUCAUACAACAAACCUACAUAAGCACAUCCUAUUAAACAUUCACUAAUACAUGCUUUAUAAUGGUACAAUAUGUGUGCGCGCUUAUUUAAAUAUGUAUAUACGCAUGUAUGCGAAGGAGUUGACUUCUUUAUAUUUGCCCCACCUUGUGGCAACUUGAUGACAUUUCAAACGACUAACGGAAUUGAACAAAACAAUACUCUGUGUUUAUAAUUUACAACAACAAUGUGCAAAAGAGAAAGCAGAAAUAGCAAUUCGUCCUAUUGAUAAUUUACUCAUAUUCGCUGCUUAUAUUUACUUCUACUUCUGCUAUUGCCAUUUUGGUUUCCGUUGCCGUUGAGUAGUUAGUGGCACAUUCAGUCUGUAUUGUGUUUACACCCCUGCCUGACGUAGUACGUGGACUCGAAGUUUUAAAUACCAGAAACGUCUCCAUUUUAACUUCUUUUCGCCAAAAAUUGUAAGGACGGUUUAGCUUAGCAAAACUUUACAUUACCUAUUUAGUGAAUAAAAUGACUACAGAGUAUUCACAUUGGAUAAUUCUGCUUUAAUAAUAUCGUUUUUUGGUGAUUUGAUAUUCAUCGAUUAUUCUGCGAAAGCUAAGGUAACUACAUCGUCUCGUAGCAGCGGAGUUCAAUCUCUUUCGUUCGCGAAAUAACAAAAAGUGAACCUGAAAAUGAAGUGAAUAGAAAAAAGAAAAUGUAUCUAUCUUGCGAUGAAUGAGUCCCGAAAAAGUUUUUGCAUUUUAUUUUUCAGAAAAAAUGGCAUUGUAUAUUUUCGGCGUCGAAAUGAAAAUUAACGUGACCCGCAAUGUACUCGAAACGUGUAGGAGUUAAAUAAUAUUAUUCAUAUAUGUAUAUGUAUAUGUAUAUAAAAGAGUGUUUGCAUUUGUUUGCGUACACAUGUACUCAAAUGCUCAAGUUAUUCAUCGAAUGACAUGCUGUAGGAAGUAGCAAAAAAUGUUUGGUGGAGUUUUCUUCGACCUUGCUCAAAUGAAAGAAGUAUCGACUUGAAAGGGUCGCCGCAACUAUAGAAAAGGCAAUACACACCUUAAAAGGAACUCCACGCUCUCUUGAUAGUUGGCACCGACAAUACAAAAACCCAAAUGUAAACGAUAAAUGGCAAGAGGCGGACGUAAAACGCGUGAAUGAAUGGCAGACAAUGUGGGGCUUGUACCCAGUCUGAAUUAGCCAAAUCUGAAGCAUAGACAAUUUGUUAUGGAAGAAGGCAUACACACUGUGUACAUGAUUUGUGAAUUUUCAUAUAACAUUAAGUUUUUAUCAUCUCAUUGUGCUAAGCAGUUUGAGGAGAGUCUUGUUGACUGAUUAAAUGUAAAUUGUUACAUACCUCAUUAUGAGUUAUGUUCACUUGUGCCUUUUUAUGUAGUGUGUCAAAGUGUGUUUGUAUUCGAACAUAUGUAAAUGUAUGUGCAUGUUAUUGCAAACGAGCACACACCCAACGUGACGUAUACGCAAUUUUUUCGUCAUCCAUUCCGAUACUGGGUACUGAUAAUAUACGGGCAUGUGUACUUCAAUAUCAGCAUAGCUGAUGUGAUAUUGUAAUGAGUACACACAACUAACUAAGUAUAUAAGUAUUAUAUAUAUGUUUCUGCCACCCCUCAUAAUGCGCACUAUGAUGCUGGCACGACGAAAUCACGAAUGAUGAGUUAAAAAUUGGGAUGUGCACUUUACAUUUUGUUAUUCGUACUACAAACACUUGAUUUUAUAACUAUGAAUAGCAGUGCUUUAAUAUGAAAAGGCCCUCAAUUAAUGUACUCUUGUGGGAAUAUCCUCUUUCCUAUUGUUAUGCAUACUUAUAUAAAUACUAUGAUUUGAGUUUUUUUAAUAUAGUGAUACUUUCACAUCCCAUUCUUGGCAAGAAUGAUAAUUACACUAUUAAAGAAUAUAUGUGCCGUCCGUAUGUUUAUGAACCAUCAAUGAUAUAAGCUUGUAUUAUUCUUCUCAGUAAUCUACACCAAUAUAUGAGAGUAUGGAUCAAUGUAAUGACACAAACGUGCGCACGUGCAUUGUAUGAGGUUAACUAUUGAUUUUCGUUCAUAUCCAUUUAGUGUUCUUGUUUUUAGCUUUAAAUGCAGCAAGUGAAAAGGGGAUGUGGUAUGGUUGUAUAAAUGAUAUUUUGCGUGUAUGUCUACGUUAUAUGUAUGUAUUUGUGUACUGUGCGUUGGAAGCGGACACAAAUACCAUAGAUACCGCCAAUCGGCAACUAUUUUCCGAUGUUAAACGAAAAACGAAGAAUUUCCCGGAUAAUGUUGCAAUAUUGCCAACAGUGAUGACCGGUAGAACGCGGGAAGAGGUAGUGAAAUAAGUGUCUUAAGCACAUCAAAUGUGAUAAAAUUUUAGUGAACAUUUGGAUUUCAAAACGAUCCUGAGAAUUUUUCAUCCGUACUUCAUUAUUCAAUAAAAAAUUAUUCGACUUAAUUAAUUUAUAAUCUAACAAAUUUAGAAAUAUUUAUCACAUACAUAUGUAUGUAUAUGCUUGUAGUUUUCUACCCAAACUUUUCCAGUGAGUUUUUAUACCUCUGCGAAAAUCAACACUGCGCCAAAUUUAAUAUAUUACAAUUAAAUAAGAAAUAAACGAUAAACAAAAUCUUAAGCAUUUAUUGCGCGGUUCGUGCCGAAUAUUUACAGUAUAGCUUAAACAUUUCGCCCGCCAAUAAUCAUAACAAACGUAACAAAAACCUCGACAACAACAAUAAUAUAAUCAACAAUAAUCAAAUAUUAAUAAAAUAACGUGGCCAAUUAUAUUUAAAUAUGUUAAAGCUGUGAAAAAGACACUGUUAAACAAAAACGGAUUUCGUCAAAAUCCAUGGUUCCAGCUCCGCAAACCAGCAUCGACUCUCUCAAUUCCUGGCUCGAUGAAAACACCUUCUAUAGCGAAUCGGGAACAGAACUCAUCGGGAUGCAACGAAGAAGCAGCCGAGGCGUUAGUGGGUAUCCACUCCGAUUACCCCAGGUAUGAAAUGUAUAUGGAAGAACGAGCUCUUACUGGCGGUAAUACAUCGAGGAAGCCGUCAACGAUUUCAGCAAAACACAAACCCAACGUUGGAUACCGGCUUGGUAAAAGAAAAGCUUUAUUUGAGAAAAGAAAACGCAUUAGUGAUUAUGCGUUGGUAAUGGGCAUGUUCGGUAUAAUCGUUAUGGUGAUUGAAAACGAAUUAAGCAGUGCCGGCGUUUAUACAAAAGCUUCAUUUUACUCGACAGCGUUAAAAACGUUAAUAUCUGUUUCGACUGUGAUUCUUUUAGGUCUUAUUAUAGCUUACCAUGCUUUGGAAGUGCAGGUGAGAUUGUUCAUGAUAGACAAUUGUGCAGACGAUUGGCGAAUCGCAAUGACAUGGCAACGAAUUAGUCAGAUAAGUUUAGAACUUUUUAUAUGUGCAAUUCAUCCAAUUCCUGGCGAAUAUUAUUUCCAAUGGACCACAAAAUUGGCAAAUAAAAAUAAAACUAUGGGCACCGAAACGGUACCAUAUGAUGUGGCGUUAUCAUUACCCAUGUUCCUUCGGCUAUAUUUAAUAUGUCGGGUUAUGCUUCUUCAUUCGAAAUUAUUUACGGACGCAUCGUCACGAAGCAUAGGAGCCCUCAACAGAAUUAACUUUAAUACGAGAUUUGUUUUAAAGACUUUAAUGACAAUAUGUCCAGGAACGGUGCUACUAGUUUUCAUGGUAUCUUUAUGGAUUAUUGCUUCGUGGACUUUGAGGCAGUGUGAAAGGUUUCAUGACGAAGAACAUGCAAAUCUUUUGAAUGCAAUGUGGCUGAUAGCAAUAACAUUUUUAAGUGUCGGUUUCGGUGAUAUUGUACCAAAUACGUACUGUGGACGUGGUAUUGCCGUCAGUACAGGAAUAAUGGGUGCCGGUUGUACGGCCUUGCUUGUCGCGGUCGUUUCGAGAAAAUUGGAGCUCACUCGGGCUGAAAAACAUGUUCACAACUUUAUGAUGGAUACACAACUAACGAAAAGGCUGAAAAAUGCAGCGGCAAAUGUUCUUCGUGAAACUUGGCUCAUUUACAAACAUACAAGACUAGUAAAACGGGUUAAUCCCGGACGUGUAAGAACCCACCAAAGAAAGUUCCUUCUAGCUAUAUACGCGUUACGAAAGGUUAAAAUGGAUCAACGAAAACUAAUGGAUAAUGCCAAUACAAUAACAGACAUGGCCAAGACUCAAAACACCGUCUACGAGAUUAUUUCGGACAUGUCGAGUCGUCAAGAUGCUAUUGAAGAGCGACUCACAAAUUUAGAGGACAAAUUGCAGUCAUUGCAGGAUCAUUUAGAGAGCUUACCUGACGUAAUAUCUCGUUGUCUAACUCAACAUCAAGAAAGGAUAGAACAACGCAAAAACUUUCUACAUCCAGAUGCAGCAGCUUCUUCAGUUCAGGCAUCGCCACAGUCCCUGUUCAACGCAUCUCCGAUGUUAUUUCCCCACUCAAGAAGUGUUCCCUCAUCCAAUAAUGUUGCUGCAACAUACCAUUGGCCAACCAGUCCUAUUUUGCCACCUGUAUCUAGUAGAACUCCACAUUUAGUGCCUGAUACUCACAUGCCAUCGAAUGGAUCUGCCGCAGUUAAUAGCUACGCAUCUUCCAAUAAAUAUGGCAGCUGAAUAGAAGAAAUUGAGUGCUCCAUGCCCGUCACAAACAUCGAAAUGCCUACCAUUACACCACUAUCUCUAACGUCACCCAAGUUAAAUAUUGCAAAACCAGAAAAUAUUAUUGCCGGAGUCAAAUGCAAUUCCGAUUUAUCAUCAAAUGUCGGCCGAAGAGUUCCCAAUGCUUUACAUUUCAUCAUGGAGACUACAAUUUCCGAAGACGCUGAAACAACCAUACAAGAUUCGCCGGAUAGUUCAUCAACGACAACACAACUACAAGAAGCGCACUCAGCAUCACCAACCGUAUGCACAACAGCCGCGACCAUGGCUACCAAUAAAUUUACCAGGAAGAGACAACGUCUAUAUAAUAGCUAUAGCUUUAUAAAUAGUGGUAAUAGUACUAAUUCUAACGAUUUCAUUUCGAAAACAGACUACUUUAAGGCUUCUUCGAAAUGAAAGCGACCUAAUAAUUUAAGAUAUCACCUAGUUCUAUUCAUACAUGUACAUAUAUACACAUUUAACAUUGCGUUAACAUAUUUAGAUAAUUUUUAAUUUAUAAUGAUCGGUCAACAAAAGUAAUCUUAGAUACAUGGAACGUACAUACAUAUACUUAUGUUUUUCCCAUAUAUAUGUGUAUAUGGAUAUUUCAACCGUAAUUAUGUGUUUUUAUGUACUAUAUACUUGUACAUAUUCAUAAAUUAAAGAAACGCUGCAAAGAAAGUACGAAAUGAGAUUUAUCUACAACAGUUAAGUAUAUUGUUAAAGCUUCCAGUGCAUGGUAAAAAUACCAUACAUCCAAAAAUGGUUCUUGUUUAAAUUUUGAUUGCUUCGAUAUUCAUUGAAUAUUGUUCAAAUUCCCUUUACUUUUACUUAUAUGUUACAUACAUACUAUGUACAAGUAUAUUAAAUCAGCGAAUUCUACGAAUCAUUCUGAACAACUUUGCAUAGGAGACAAUGGGCCUAAAACCGGAUUCGCGGUAGCGAUGUAAAAAGAACGCUAAUUCUGAAUUCAUAUACUUUGGACGCAAAAACAUAUUGUACAUACAUUUUUUGGAUAAAAACUUAUUUUACUCUAACUAUUUAUAAUAUACUUUCAAUAAGAAACUUAAUAAUAUUACUAGAAUGUUUUUGUUGGUGAAAAUUUUUCUCCAAAAAUAUAACCUGCAGAAUUGAUAGUGGUACACUUGCUUAUGAUUUCACCAUGGUUCUGUUUUACAUCCGAAAUAUACGGGUAUAUACAAUAUUAUGUAAUACCCAAUAGUAUGUACACACCGAGACCUCUUAAUUAAUCGACUAAAGUGGAUUCUUGCGGGCUCUUGGUCCUAAAACGUCCAUCAGAGCACAAUCAUGUAAACAUCUUACUUACAUCUUUUAAAAUCUGGAGAUACACAUGUUUCAUAAGCGUAAUUGAGGAAAAGACAUCAACGUAAAUUUAUCAAAAAGAUAUGUAUUUUCAUUUAUAAAAUAUUAAAAAGAUCAAUAUAAUAUAAUGAGUAUUAUUAAUUGCACUAUACGGCAAAAACAUUUUUUUUGGGUAUUGGACCAAACUAAUUGAGUUAAAAGGGAAAAUGUAUUCUCCAAAAUUUAAAUAUUUGCCUUCGCAGUACGAGAUUAAGCUCAUUUCAAACAUAAUUAUUAAUUAUGGUGUACAAGUAUAAGUUACUAAACAUUUCUUCUUAUUUCAAAGAGGUAAAACAUAUGUCUGUUAGGCUUGUGUAUAUGACAGAUGCUAUAAGUGACCAAAGUCAGAUUUUGAAAAAAAUAUGAAAACAGAUGUUCAUAUGUAUGUACUAUGUUGGUGGCUUAAAAUCGCAACAUGAAAUUUGAUUGAGGUCUAUAAUUAUGAUGGACAUUGUCAGAAGAGGAAAACUUGUUUCGAACUUCGAAGCAAAUAUUUCGAUUUUGGAGAAAAACUGAACGAAAAACGGAGAAAUGACUUUUUCACUUAUGACUCAAUAUCUCGAAAACAAUUGCUUUACUUUUAUACCAAGCCAAGGGUUCUAUAAAAAAAGGGAUUUAUAAAAAAAAGGUAAACAUAUAAUUCAGUAUGUUGUGGAGUAGUAAAAGAUGAUGAUAAUGAGAUUUAUAUUAAACACAACAAAAUCACUAAAUUGAUACAGAAACUUAACUUAGUAAAGUUAAAAACCAAAAUUUGGAUCGUUCAAAUCCAGGCUUUGUAAUAUUUUUUCGUUAAAAGUCAAAAGUGCAGAGACCUAAAGCAAUUAUCGUUUAUUUAUAAGUAUAACAAAGGAUAUAGAAAAGACGUAACAACAUCGAGCAAUUAGUAGACUAAAUCUAAUUCUUUUAACGUUCGUUUUGUUUAUCGCCCCAAAUUGGUUUUCGUCGAAAUAACUUCACUUAUUAUUCGAAUGUACUUAUGUAUGUACAUAUAGUUAUUCCAGGGGACCUCAAUAAAAAAAUAGAAUAUAUUAUUGUUAUCAACUUCAGUAAGCACUGAUCGACUUAAAACCCAUUAUAUUCAACACACAUGUACAGAUGUACAUUUUAAAUACAACUACAAAUGAAUUAAAGCCCUCAAUAAUUUUCAUCACCUGAAAUUUAACAACUAAUAGGUCUAUAUAUGCGACUGUUUGAGGUGUGUUGUUUUAAUUAUUUUGUAACUCAAGAGGGAAAAUGAAAAAUACCCCGCUAUCAGUCAAGAAAUUACCGAAUUUGAAAAUAUAUAAAAGACCAUAUGUAUACCGAUACUUACAUUAUAAUUAUUGAGUCUCAAAUAGCAUUUGAAGGGCAGACGUACCAAUUUGUAUAUACGAUUUCUAAUUAGUGUGACAUGUUUACACAAUUAAAAUUAUACAUUUUAUAACUGUUUUAUUUCGGUUCCAUUAAUACAGAGAAUGUGGAUUGACAGGUUUGACACCGGUUUGCAAAUCUGGUCCCAAAUAAAAAAAAUUCUCAACAUUUGUAUGUAGUUCUUAGUAAAAAAUAUUUAUUGUAUAGUACGUAAGACCAAAAUAAAAUGAAUGUAUGUUAUAAUGAUAGUGUGAGUGAAUUCUGUACAAUUUUAUUCGUGUGAUUUUGUAGACAAAAUAUUUAAAUGCAGUUUUACCUUUUUAAGGAAAAGGAAAAAAGACUUAUAUAAGUAAUAACAAAACAUUUAGAUAAAGAAAUAUGUAUGAACUUUAAUUAACGAAAAUCCAUAUUACGCUGCUUACUGAAACACAAUUCUUAUUUUAACUAAUCAAUUUACAAUAGAAAAUUCUUCUCAUCCUAUUAUGUAUGGCGACUGGCGCGAGUAUAGUUAGUAGAAUAUGAGUAGCCAUUCCCCACUUUUGUUAUAGUUUACAGAAAUGUCAAAUUCAGUCAGCUAAUCAUGACUGCUCAAACUGUUCAAGAGCAGUUUUCUACAGUAUAAAGUUGAAAUUUAUUUGAAGUUUGUAUUUUUUCGAUUUAAUAUUUUUCACUAUUACAUAUAUCCCCUAACACUUCACUAAUUCGAUUGUACACAUUUAUUUUCUGUUAUAAAUUGCAAAAUAUCUUUUACUCAAUAUUUAACUUAUUUUUCAAUAACAAAACGGUUACAAAGUGAUAAUAGCUAGUGUUACCUUAUAGACAGCUUUUGUAAAUGAACUGAAAGAUAUAAUUAUAUUAUACGUUUAUAUUAACGUUUUAAAUUUGAACUAUAUAUGUAUAUAUUGCGACAUUGGAAACGUCAAAUACCAUUCGGAAAGUGACAGAUAUUCAGUAAAAAGUCUAAAAUUUACGAAAUAGGUCGCUAUUCACCAGAAGAAAACUGGGAAAUAUUGAAAAAAAAAAACCGAGGAUGGUCAAUUUUACCAAAAAACCAUCUUUUCGGACGAGGCUCAUUUCCACCUCGAUGGUUACGUUAACAAGCAGAAUUGUCGCAUUUGGGGCACAGGACGGCGCUACGUGCCAUACAGCAAACGCUACACUCAAUCUUUUACUUCAAAUCUUCAAAACAGGUGAUGUGAAUUGGUCUCCCAGAAGCUGCGAUUUAACUCCGUUAGACUAUUUUCUGUGGGGAGCUAUUAAAGAUAAAUGUUACGCCAACCGUCCAGAAACAAUUCAAGAUCUAAAGUACGAGAUUCAAGCUGCUAUAGCUGCCAUAAGGCCUGAAACCAUCGAAAAAGUACUCCAAAAUUGGGUGGAUCGGAUAAGCUACUGUAAACUCAGCCGUGGUGGUCAUUUGUCCGAAAUUGUUUUCCACAAAUAAAUUUCAUAAAACAACCUUUUAAAUAAAUGUUAGACCUUUGAAAAAAUCAAGCCGUUUUUUUAUUUACUUUUUAAAUUAAAAAUUUUAUAUGUCCCACCCAUUAUUAUUCCAAAAUUACCAGGAAAUUAAUCAAUUUUUAGCUUUUCUGCGGUCUUCAUCCGCGCUUCAAAAAAAUAACCUUAGUCGGUCCAACACGGGCGUGUCUGGUUGGUUAUUCUCAAGAGAAGAGAAAUCUGAAAAAAAGGAUUGUCCAUCAUCUAUAUUUAUAUUUUAGUUUUGUUCGUUUGCCACAUAUUUACAUAUAUUAGUAGUUAAAAACUGCUCAUUUGUCAGCGUGCAACCGUUUUGUCAUUGUGUAUAAAUGGAAUUGAACAAGAAGUCAGAUAUUGAAUUAAAGCUAUUUUUGCUUAUAUAAUGUGCAAUAAAUGUGCACAAACAAAUCAGUGAAGUACUAAAACACUUUCUUAAGAUAUUUUUUCAAACCUUUUAAACAAAUAUACCUAAAUUUCAAUGAAGUUCAUUGUUUUCCAUUUCUUUCUGUAUCAUUUAAGUAUUUCUUGCAUAAAUUUGAUAAUUUCUAACAAAUACAUGUACUAUAAAAAGUGAUUCCCAAAAAUGUAGAAAGGCGAUUUAAUGUUCAUUUUCAAGUAUACUAGGUCAAUAACCAUAUGCAAUACAAAUUAUUGUUAAAGAUCAGAUACCCUAGUCGCCUUGCAUAACGUGUAGGAUAGAUAUAAUACAUUCAAUCCAACUUUAUUGAUAGCCACACAAGUUGAUAUUUUUAACAUUUUACACAUAUGUACACACACAUACUUGGACCCCUGAAAUCAAAGGGUAAAUAUCAUUUUCAAAUUCAUUCGUUUAUUGUUUGUGCUUUUGAAAUUCAGCUGACCCUCAAAUAGCCUCAAAAAGCGUUUAUAUUUAUAUAUUUAUAUUCAAAGGAUAUGUCACCGUUUUAAAUGUUUCAAUAAUUUUUGGUCACAUUACUCGUUUAAUUUAAAUCAAUCAAUAAUGCUGCCACUAAGAGCGUCACAAAAAAUUAAAAAAUGUUACGAUCUUCAAAAUGCCGGUAAAUUGAAAAUUCUUUUUGGAGCACAACUAUUGAACGAUCGUACUAACAUGAUUGCCGUUAUCUGCAUCUUAUGUGUCUUAUAUCCUCAAACAACCAAUUUAACGUGUCUUGAGUUCAAUUUGGUCAAACAUCAGAGGUGUACAUGUUAGUUACGUAUGCGCCAAUGUAAAUAACUUAAUUAUUGUUGAAACAGUUCUUUAAAAAUUUAUAUUUUUUUUAUUAAUUAAUAUUUAUCUGCAUUGAUUAAUACCAUUUUCAUACUUCACACUCAUUUUGCCUAAACAAAAUCAUCGCGGAGUAAGCGCGUGUAUACAUUUGUAUUUUAUAUGUAUUAAAAUUACUCUGUGUUUUUUAAAUUUCAUCAAAAAAUAUCUACAUACUACAUAUUCAAUCAAUAUUGAAAGCAUAGGUAUGAUAAAAGUUUUUCUUAUAUAUUUUUCAUUUGAAAAAAAUUCGACACCAAUUGUACUUCAUAUGAAUACAAUUACAACCCGUGAAAAUGCAAACAACUCAUCAUUGAAAUGCAUAUGAAAGUAAUUCACAAACAAUUAAAUUUAAUUAAUCAAGACUGUGGCUAAAAAAGCUUUAUCAACCAUUAACGUAAAAAAAUACUCAAUACCAGCUUUAAACUCUUAUGAGCACUAAUGUCUGGGUUUCAAAAAUGUUGAAUACCUAAAAACAUGUUUAAGAAAUAGUCAAACCCCGUAAUCGGUCAUAUAUUCAGAAAAAAAUCAAGAGUCGAAUUUACUACAUCUUAUUGUAAAAACUUUUAUAUAAAUCCUUAAGAUUAUCAAUGUAAUUAAUUAAAUACACUUAUUAAAAGCAUUUAGUUUGCACUUUAUUAAAAAGUAUUCUUAAAUCUUAGCACUACUUAAACUGAUCUAAAAAUAAUAAAUUAAAAACAAUAUUUAAAUGCGUAAAAUUUUGUUCGAAAACAGUAAAAUUGUAUUUAUCUUCAAAAUUUCAUAGCAUUCACCCUAAACCUAUAUUUUGUGUCGGCGAUGAUUCCCAUGCACAUAACUCAUAACUCUCAAAACGCAUAUUGAUUUCGAAUUAUACCUAGAUAUUUUGUAUAAUUUUCUGAAUUUACAUCAUGGAUCUAGAAACUAAGUUUUCCAAUUAUUUAAUUGUGCUGUACUUAAAUUGGUGAAGAUUUAACUUUUACGUCAUUCAUUUAAUUGUCAACACAGAAGCAGUAAUGCUCCCUAUGUUUUUAUAUAUAAGACGAUUUCUCUUCAAAGAUAUUACUAGUUACCAUUUGCAAUAGUUUAAAAACUAUAUUCGAGACUUGAACCUUGAUAUAUGACUGUUGCUUGUAAUGCUUUUCAAGUUACAAAAACCUAACCUAACUUUGUCCAUAUUGGGUAAAUAAUUCAUAAUUUCAAUAUUUAUUGCAAUGAUAAAAAACUCGAUAAAUAAACGUCUUAAAUACUACUGUAGUUCUUUCCUAUUAUGUAUAUCUUAUCAUUAAAUACGGGAUGUGCCGUGAUUAGUGUUUCAAAUUAAAAAGAAAAGUGUUUUCGAUCUUAUUGCGUAUUUAUAACUGGAAUUCAGUGAAAUUGUAUAUAUUCUUUUUGAACAAUUUAGAGAAAUUUUGAGCCAAAUUCUACUUGGAUUCAUUAAUAUUUGUGAUAACUUAACAUAACCCCUAAAUUUGAGUUAUUAUAUACUCUCUUAAAUAUCCCACAAAAAUUAACUGAUUUUAAAGAAUAUAGUAUUUAGUUGCAAUCUUUAAACAUUUGGAAUAAUAAUCAACUUUGCAAAUUGGAGUAUAUCUCCCCGAAGUCUGGGACCAUAAAUACCCAAAAAGGAAAACAGCAAAUUCUUUUUCAAUAUAUAUAUUUAUUGAAGGACAAAUAAAUCUUUAAGCAAAUAAAACUGUAAAAUAACGGAUCCCCAAUUUCUGAUUAAGGGAUUGUAAUUUUUAUUUAAAUACCAGCUAACAAUUUAUAUUAGUAUAUAAUAUAACAUAACUCAUUAUAUAGAACUUAGCAAAAAGCAAACCAUAAUGAAGUAGAAAACAAUUUAUUAAGAUAUACACGAAAGGACUUGAAGAGAGCAAACUAUAUAUAAAUCUGCAAAUUAAACGAAAAAACUAAACAAAGAUUGUUAAAAAUGGUUAGAUAAACUAAAACGUAAUUAAAGAAAAGCUAAAUGUUGAAAAUAAACUAAAUAAAAUAAAAUUAAGUAAAAAAUGUUGUUACUCUGUAUUAGGUAAAAGUGUUUUGCAAAAGCUUUAAUAUUUAGGGUGCCUAUAUUUGCUAAAAAUUAGGAUUUUACGAAAACAAAACUUUUAAAGGAUAAGAAUAUAUUACAUAAAUAUGAGAAAAGAAAUCAAAAACCAUAGGCAUUUUAUUAGUUUCAUAUCCAUUUCCGUGCGUACAUUUAGAAUAGGAAAUUUAAUUUUCACAAUCGGCUUUAUUAGUUGAUACAUAUAUAUAACGGACAUAAUAUACAAUACCGAAUUUUAUUAUUAUGAAAAGAAUUGAAUUAUUGUUUGAUUGCAUUUUUCAUAUAACAUUCACCUAAGGAUCGAAACAGAUACUCUUUUAUUGUUUGUUGAUUGAUAAAUAUUUAUGUAUUUUAUACAAUGCACUCAAUCUUCUUACUAUACGGUUAAUUGUUACAAAAUUCUUGUACAAAAAGUUAAAUGUUCAUCUCAUAAUCUUUAGUUGAACAAUGCAAAAUUACAUAAUAAAAAUGGAUAUACAAUUUAUGCUCAACGCAACUGAUUUACUUACAUAGUUAACUGUAUAUUGACAUAUUGCUGUUAUACAGCACAAACCAAAUUGUUCUGAAUAUAAUUCAAGAUAUUGGUAAAACACAUAAAUUUUCAAAAUAUAUGUACGUAGAAAAAAUAAAUAGAAUAGCAAUUAAAAGACAGUACAUAAAUGUAUGGAGAGAUGGGAAAGAAAUAAGAGGAUUGAGUGCGAUUAGUUAUACGCAAACGUAUAAACACUUAAUUUGACGAGUACUUAAAAUCCACAUACACAUACACACUUGUACAUUCAAGAUGCUUUUUUAUUUAGAUUUCACCCAUUUAGACAUUAGUCGGCUUUUUAGUACAUUAAAUUUAUGUUCUUAUGUACAUGAGUGUGUAUGCAAAAUAAUAUUUACAAAUCUAUGUACAUGUAACACCUCAUGAUUAAGCCAACCAUUAUACGAGUAUGUAGCCCUAUUUUAAUUUAAUUUUAAUUUUAGACAGCAGCAUAAGAGCAACUGCGAUUGCUUAAAUUUAGAAUAAGAAAUCCAGAGAACAGAAGAUUUGUAAAAUUAUAGUAACGUCAUCGAGCAAGAGUACUACGAGUAAAACAUUAAAAUCGUAGUAUAAUAGAUAUAGUUAUAUUUACCUAUACAAUUAGUUUCAUUGAAUAAAAAACAGUUUACAUAAAAAAAUA